CUCCCCUUACUCCACGCGUGUGAGUGAGUGAGGUUGGGGGUGAGAAGCCGCGGUUGAGCUCCACCACGUCCUCACCGGAUUUCAUCAUCGACUGCUCGCCCGGCUUCCUCGCACCACUGCCGUCCUUUUCGGAUCUUCAACUGGGUGUGCGUGAUCUCAUCGCUGCGUGGUGCACUGUGGUCACGCGGCAGGGAGGACAUCAUCUUGGAGCUACAAGGGGGGAGGCAGUGCGGCGAGGGAUGAGCAAUGGGAAAGCUUCACCUGUUGAAGGCCUGCUCUUCACUCACUAUCACUCUGACUCCUCCAUCCCCUGUCAACAUGACAACCUCAGCCCUGCGUAGGCAGGUGAAGAACAUAGUGCACAACUAUUCCGAAGCAGAGAUUAAGGUCCGUGAGUCCACCUCAAAUGAUCCAUGGGGCCCGUCAUCGUCGCUCAUGUCAGAAAUCGCUGAUUUGACAUUCAACGUGGUGGCUUUUGCUGAAGUCAUGGGCAUGGUGUGGAAGCGCCUCAAUGACAGCGGCAAGAAUUGGAGGCAUGUCUACAAGUCCCUAACUCUAUUGGACUACCUGCUGAAGACGGGAUCAGAAAGAGUGGCUCAACAGUGUCGAGAGAAUGCCUUCACUAUUCAGACGCUGCGUGAUUUUCAAUAUGUUGACCGCGAUGGCAGAGACCAAGGAGCCAAUGUCAGAGAAAAAGCACGCCAACUGGUGUGUCUUCUCCGGGAUGAAGACCGUCUUCGCCAAGAGAGGAGUCAAGCUCUGAAGACCAAGGAGCGAAUGGCUGGGGGAGGUAGCGGAGGUGGAGGUGGAGGAGGAGGUGGAGGGGGCGUGUAUGGAGGAAUACCCCCAUCCUAUCACCCAGGCAGACGGACAAGCCAGCCCAGCAUGGCUGUACUCUAUGGCGAGGAGUUAAGCCGCUCCAGAGGUUCUCCAUCGUCCUUUAACUCAGCCUCGUCUUCAUCUCCUCAAGAUGCCUCAGACCUGGAACAGGCUCGACCUCAAACCAGCGGGGAAGAGGAGCUGCAGAUCCAGCUGGCUUUAGCCAUGAGCAGGGAGGAGAAUCAGAAGGAACAGCGCUGUCGCCAUGGAGAUGAGUCUCUCCUACAAAAGGUCCUGGAUGAGAGCAGGAGAACAAGCCAGACUGGGACAGAGUCGACCAUGUUGGACAUAGUAGACAUCUUUGGCGCAUCCUCUGAGAGGCCACCUCCACCUGGUGACCCCUGGGACUCUGUCCAGCCUUCCUGUAACGUCACCUCUGACCCCUGGCAUUCUGUAGCCGUCCCAGCCCCACCCCCAUCCUUGAAUACUGCUAAUCCUUGGGCUUCAUGUACCAAACCACACAAAGCGCUAUGGGAGGCGGCAUCCACCUACAGCCCUGCAGUCGAUCACACGUGGGACAGAACGUCCGAGCGCGAGAGUGAUGGGACAUAUCCAGCCAGUGCACAUGAAAAGGAGAAGUUUCAGCAAGAAGUUCCUCAAUUGCCUUCUCCUCCCUCAGCUAGUCCCACAGUUUCUGAGCUACGUGGGUCAGCAGACAUGUUCUCUGGAGCAGAUUCCAGCACUGAUCCAUUCAGGAAUGAAGCUCUGCUGAAGCUCCAGGUAAAUGGACGGGACUCAGGCAGUCCAGAGAUGUUUGCUCUGUCUCGCCUUGUGCCCCCUGUAAGCACUACGACGCGUGUGUGUCGGACCCCUGAGGCCUUCCUCGGACCAACGGGGGCCUCAUUGGUCAAUUUGGACGCACUGAUACCUCCUACCCCACCAAGCAAAGCGCACAACAACCCAUUCCUCUCAGGUCUGAGCGCUCCAUCUCUCACCAACCCCUUCCACUGUGACCAGCCUCGCCUUACCCUCAACCAAAUGCGUCCAUCCUCUACAUCUCCACUGCCCCCGCACAUGCUCUCCUACAGUCCGUCACUUCCACUCCCUCUCCCUCACAGGGGGGCAGUCCUUCCCUCCUCGCACACCCAGCCUCCCACCAGACUUAUGGAUCUUCCCUCCAACCUCCCCCAACCCCUGCUCCCCCUCUCUCCUCAGCCAGUGGCUCGCAUUCAAUCCCAAGCACUAAUACACAGCCACAACCCGUUCCUCUGAGACUGGAAUUGCUUUUGCUAUUUGCACACGCGAGACACUCGAGACUAUGAGCCUGAACCAGAGUGAAGAUCUUGUUUAUUGUCUGUGCACACACGAAAUGGAUCAAACAUGAACUGGAUGUACUUGUGUCUGUCAAAAGGCACAUCAGCUGCUGCAGUAUAUGUAACCCCACCUGAACUCUUGAAGGAAUGCAUUCACACUGAUCCAUCACAACAUUAAUACCGCUGACAAGUUUGAUAUUAAGUGCACAGCCCUGCAAUAAAUUCCCUCAUGAGAAUCAUUUCAUCAUCUGAUCUGUUUUUUAAUGAAAGGUGUUUCUAAUGUAUUGUCACUCAAAUGAAUAUGAGUGGGACUAUGAUGUGGCAUUCAAGAGCACUGAAAAUUAAAGAUGAAUCAGAAUCCUGAUGAAGGGAGGAUUUAUUGCGAGAGCGCUGUGUUAAACAUUAAUGUCAAAUGAACUAAAGUGUGGUGAAGUUAACCGUGCGGAUUAUACAUUAUUAUAUUGUAAAAGUGUGCACAUUCUCAGCAAGCACAUUUCCACACUUUAUCUACAGCUGACAACCUGAGCAUCGUUUGUCAAUUUUCCAGUUUAAUAACUGGAACAGUACACUUUUAUCUAUUGUUGCUUCUUCACCGACAAAAGAAUGCAUCCCUACCCCCAUAGAGACACCACCACCUGCAACACCUUUUUCACGUCGGUCAUAUCAUGAGUUUAAUUGAAGUUGAUGGUCUCUUGGCCCAGAUACAAAAUUCCUCCCAACACUGUCAAAGAACUUCACAAAUAUGUACUGAAUGCUGUAUUUUUUAGGCCCCUGACUUGGUCAUCUAUCAAUAGCGCAAUUACUUUCCUUCAAAAAGUCUUGAGUUGCUUUUGCAGAAUGCUUGGGUCACUAUCCUGUCUGCGCUGCGUUAUGACAGUGAAACCAUAUAAAUGUUUCAUUGCCUCAUCAUAGUAUUACAGAUAGAAACCAAAUUAAUGAAUAUCUAGUUUGGAAUCAGAAGUCAAGGAUAAUUAAGCCAUUCUUCACAUUACUGUAAAUAGGAGUUUGGUAACAGUAUCUCAACAUCAAAUGACAAUUUGAAAUUUCACUAUAGAUUUUAGCAAAAAUGCAAGUUGAGGCAAAUGAUUUACUUUCAUGGACCACAUAAAAUGACGUGGCGAACCGGAUGUGGUCACCAGGCCUUGAGUUUGACACCUGUGCCUUAGAGUGUCAUAAAACUUAGAAUUAAAGAUAAAAGUUUGAAAUCUUUUGUGUUAUACAAAGAA